GUAUUAAAUCUCAUUGACAUGGCUUCGUAGGACCAGGACCAUAAAGUCAGUCAGUAAGUACUUGGUUAUUGGGUUAACAGCAUCAACCACUUUUCUCCCUGAGUGAAUGUGUCACUGAUUCAACAAAUAACGCGAUGUACGUGCAAGAAGGAGAUCUCAAGUAUUUAUCUGGAUUCGGAUCUGAAUUCUCGAGCGAGGACCCACGUUGCCCAAAUUCACUUCCAAAAGGUCAAAAUAAUCCACAAAAAUGUCCCUAUAACUUGUACUCCGAGCAACUCUCGGGGACGGCUUUUACAGCACCACGGGAGUCAAACCGACGGAGUUGGUUGUACCGGAUUAGACCAUCAGUUCUCCACGUUCCGUUCAAGCCUCUGACCAGUGUUAAUUCUGACAAAAUCUUGGCAAAUUUUGCCACCCUUCCGGCCGAACCGAAUCAGAUGCGAUGGUUUCCAUUCGAAGCUCCAAAACCAGACGAUGGCUUAGAUUUUGUGUCUGGUCUCAAGACUGUUUGUGGCGCUGGAGACGUCAUAACGAGAAAUGGCGUCGGAAUUUAUGUGUAUGGAUGCAAUUUGUCGAUGGAAAAUUCUGCGUUCUACUCUGCUGAUGGAGAUUUCCUUAUUGUUCCUGAACUCGGAACUUUGAAAAUUACGACAGAGUUCGGAAAGAUGGUGGUAUCGCCAGGAGAAAUAUGCGUUAUCCAGCAAGGAAUGCGUUUUGCUGUUUGUGUCGAUGGACCAACACGUGGAUAUGCUCUCGAGGUUUUUGGAACUCACUUCGUUUUGCCAGUUUUAGGACCUAUCGGAGCAAAUGGACUCGCAAAUCCUCGGGAUUUCCUGCACCCUACAGCAUGCUAUGACGAUAAGGUCGGGGAAUACAAAAUUGUUGCAAAAUUCCAGGGAAAAUUGUUCUCCGCCGUGCAAAACCAUUGCCCAUUUGAUGUGGUCGCCUGGCACGGAAAUUAUACUCCCUACAAAUAUAACUUGACCUCCUUCAUGACCAUCAACACUGUUUCAUUUGAUCAUUGCGAUCCUUCAAUCUUCACCGUGCUGACAGCCCCAUCCGUAAAACCUGGGGUUGCUAUUGCAGAUUUUGUCAUAUUUCCUCCACGAUGGUCCGUUGCAGAACAUACCUUUCGUCCCCCGUACUAUCAUCGAAACUGCAUGUCAGAGUUCAUGGGACUUAUCAAAGGGUCGUAUGAAGCCAAAGAGGAAGGAUUUCGUCCUGGUGGUGCCACGCUUCAUCAGAUCAUGACCCCACAUGGCCCAGACGCCCAGUGUUUCGAGGGUGCGAGCAAUGCAAACCUGAGCCCUGUUCGAGUUGCAGACGGAACCAUGGCUUUCAUGUUUGAAUCGUCUUUCAACCUAGCAGUUCUUCCAUGGGCACUUGAAACUGCGAAUCGCGACCUGAAAUAUCACGAGUGCUGGGCUGGACUCAAGUCGCAUUUUAAUGAACAAGAACAAUGAAUCAAUGAAUGUACAUUUUGAAUAUACUUUAAAUGAAUAAAGUUGAAUUGACAUAUCUUCACGGGUGAACUGGUUUGAACCAGCUCUGGCUAACAAGAUUCAGAUAAUUCAGUUAAUCUUGUUGACACGAUACGUAAUUUUAAACAAAAUUUUAGUUUAACAUUAUAAUUUUCAAUGAUUUGAUGUUUUGAUUGCCUAUAAUGAUACAUUUUUGAGGUGACUCGCAGGAAUUAUUGUGCAAUGCAAUAAACACAAUCAAUGCCUUUAUAAUUAUAA